AUGUUCAAAAAUGAACCAGAUGGCUUAUUUUGUUUGGACGUCCAAGUUGACAAAGCAGCAGGUGCUGAUGAAGAAUCUGCCUCGGCUAUCUUGUCGAAAGGAAAAAUUAACGACUGCCUCCUAAGAAGGUGCCUCCUAAGCAAGGUGUUGAAAGACUUGAACAGUUUGAAAAGUGCUAUCUUCCACCAGCCUCAAUUUCGAGGGAUCACCCACCAGUUCUCAACUAAAAGGAAUGACGAAAGAAUCUGCGUAGAAAGGUGGCUGAUGCAAGGAGUUAGUCGUAACGAGAUGUUGACGGCUGUGUCGGCAGCCGAUAUGGACGCUUACCGAGAAGACGGUGAGUACGCGCUAAAAGGAAGCGGAGUCUCACCAAUUCAAAUCGUUCAGUUGGCUUUCGUUAUCAAAGGACUACGCAAACGUCCCAAGGCGCCGAAGGUGUCUCUGACUAUGUGCCGCCAAGGCUUUGAGCUACACGAACUAAGCGUUCAGUAUUUCCUCUCGCAGCCGGUCUGCAACCUUCUAGCACCGUUCACAAAAAAUGUGCUGCAGUCAGGCUGCAGUGUUGAAACUGUCAGGGGUGUUACAGAAUCUCAGCAGUCUUUUGACAUUCCCGACAAAGAAGAAGCAGUCUUGAUGAUAUCCCGGUUGUGUCUUCAUUUUCAGACACACGGCUACCAUGCGAGAGAUGUGGCUAUUGUUACCUUAUCGCCUUCUGCUGCUGUGGCUACGCAGACGCUGAUCGAAAAACUGCGGCAGGUAGGGUGUGCGCACACAGUGUGGUCUGUAAAAAUUUUAGGCUCAACUUUUUGCAAGAUCCUGAUCUUGCUUGUAGGCUCGGGCGCACGUGGCUCAUAUCUUGCGGCUGCUCUGAGAAGGGACAUUGUGCAGUGUACGGUUUCGGAAGGCUUGCAAGCGCUGACGAGAGCUGCCAGAAUGUUUUCAACGCGGCCCAUGAAAGCAAAGGGUCUACCAGUCCAGCUCUUUUUUUGUCGUGCGUGCUCCACCCUCGAACUGUCGUUCGUAUCGAAUCGGGAGAUGAUUUUGGUACAAAAAUGCAGCAAAGUGGGGGAUGCAUGCAGUUAUGCGGUGCUAAGAUGCGCUGCAGCCACAUGUGCUUACAAAUUUGCCACAGUGGAGAUCACCCAGACGUUCGCGACCAGCCUUGUUCGAAAUAUAUUUGCAGUCGUAAACACCCCUGUCUUAACAGGUGCUCUGAGCGCUGCACUCAGCGGUGCAUGGUCAACGUCACUAAGAAAUUGCCUUACUGUACCCACACUGCUACGUUUUCUUGUUACAAGUGGGAAUCAGGUCAUGUACCAGUGCCUGGUACCGCGACAGCCAGCCGACACGGUGCGCACUAGUACAAGUGCAGAGUGCCAGUUACCGCAACCAUGA